AUGCAGAAACGCAUCAAAGGCAAACUCCGUCUUAUGCUGCUUUUACCAAUAUGUUUCAAUUCGUCAACUUUCAGUUUCACUGUCAUGUCUGAAUUAUUCAUUGUACUUUGUUUCCUAUCAAUGCAAGCGGUUUUUCAUCUUCGUGCUUCUCUUGUAACUUUUGUACCACUACAGCGACUCUUCUACAGAGUACUAUUACAACCUGUACGAAAAGAGCAGCCCCAGUCGCCUACUCAAUUUGUAAUUGGACACUGCAGCUAGCUAGCUAGUACGAGGUAGGUACUCUUCAUCUAGGCACCAAGAAGAACUUCCUUCUGGAGAAGUAAGUAAGUACUUACAGUGAAGAAUCGCCCCUUGGUGCUGCCUAAGUUUGUAUUCGUCCUUUGUAUGAUGAUGUACCUGCUAUUUGUUUCCUGCUGGCAGUGGCAGUCACCUCACGACCGCCGCUAGAGAAAAUUGGAACACGCACAGUCAAAACAAUAGGAAAACAGUUCCACCUCGCGCAGCUCUGUCG